AUGAAUAGUAUUGGUGAGAUAGGAAACACUGAGUUAGAUGGAUUGGAAGGUGUCAGCCAGCUUCAGCUAGGAUCGAACAAUCUGGGAGUCCUGGAUCCAAAUAUCUUUAACGGAAUGAUUGCCCUUCGUUCUCUUUCCUUGGAUAGCAACAGAAUCGUAACCCUCAACGAGAAAGCUACCCCAUGGAACAUUUCACUCGUAGAUUUAAACUUAGCAGGCAAUGAAAUUACAUCGCUCAACAGCUCGACCUUCUAUGGUCUGAAAACCCUGAGGAAGUUAGACUUGAGUGAAAAUUACAAACUUCAAUUUAUUAAAAAUGAUACCUUUGUCUAUUGCUAUUCUUUAACGGAGUUAGAUGUGACCGAUACGAAAAUCUUGAAUUUUAAUUUUCCUUACCUUCCUUUCCUCACUACUUUAAUCUUACAGUCAUCAUAUUGCCCUGAAAAUUUGAUACGACCUGGUAAUCUGGGAAAUAAAGCGCCCUCUUUAGAAACACUCAAUCUACAAGACAAUGUAUUGAUGUUAGAAAACCUGUGGGAUUCAUCUACCAACAAAUCUACAUUCUUUGGUUUACAAAAUCUAUCACGGCUUGAUCUUUCAAGACUGAACCGUAGCACAUUUGAACCCCUAUCAAGUCUAACUGAGGCUGAUUUAUCUCACAAUCCGUUCGUUUGUAAUUGUGAUCUAAAAUGGCUUCCUAGCUGGUUGAAAGGAACAUCAAUGGAACUUUUAGAAUCAAGAGAUACUACGUGUCUCGACAGUAAAGCUACCCUCGAACCAUUUAGGGGCAAGCAAUUAAUCACUUUUGAUCCUACAGGCGAUUGUGAUGCAAACAUCAUUCUGUACAGUUCUUUAACCGUUGUAGCUAUGGUGCUCAUCCUUAUCCUUGGUUUGAUCUACUAUCAGAGAUGGUGGAUCCGAUAUCGCCUGUUCCUUCUUAAGCUCUGUUUCGUUGGAUAUGAAGAGAUACACGACGACGCCGACCGAGAAGAAUACGAAGCCGACGAUGAGUGGGUGGAUCAACAUUUACGACCAGCUCUGGUAGAACGACUGUCAGAUUUCAAUCGAAUCGUAUGUGGUGAUGAGGAGCUCAUGCUUGGCAUGUAUUAUCUCGACGCUGUCCAUUACGCCACAGAACGAAGUUUCAAGACAAUUUUUGUGAUCAGUCGUGAUGCUUUACGGGACCAGUGA